AUGAGAUUCGGCACUACACGUGCGACUCUGAUGUUGCUGGCUCCUAUCCAUGCAUUAGCCAAGAGUAACAAGCUCGACUCCGUCAGUUUCCAGGCCGACAUCAAGACAGACAACCUCUUGUUGAACCUCGAAGCUCUCAACGAUAUCUCCUUCGAUAGCGGCGGUAACAGAGCCUUCGGCCUCCCCGGUUACAACGCAUCCGCCGAUUAUAUCUACAAGCGCGUCUCUGAAGUGAAAAACGCCGAAGUCCGGAGACAAUACUUCACUGUGAUCUCCGCCUCCGUAAAUUUUAUUGAUCUCAGAGUUGAUGAUAAGCCCAUCCAUAUCUCCGGCUUGACCUACUCGCCAUCUACAAGCGGCGAGGGCAUCACUGCCGAAAUCGCCCUAGGACCUGAAGGCGCUGCAGGUUGCGAUGCUUCUUCGUAUGACGAUCUUGAUGUCAAGGGCAAGAUCGUGCUCGUGCAACGCUUCAGUUGUCCCAAUAGUGACACUCUUGCUGGAAGAGUCAUGGCUGGUGCUGCAGCGGGUGCCUCUGCAGUGAUUUUUUAUCACGAUCUGUCGACGAAUGUGACUGGGGGCUCGCUUAGUGCGUCUAACCCUGAGAAGUACGUUCCUGCGGGAUUAAUUGACCUUGAGGACGGAAUGAAAGCUGAAGGAGAGGAUUGA